AAUGUCGUGAAGCGUGGUCAGUGGGGCUUGCGGCGGAGACAGUGAUCCGGUCUUGGUGUCCGCACUUAUAUCCUUCAGGGGCUGCCUCCCUCCUCCUACUCCAUGUGGGGCCCGGGCCGGGCUCUAGGCCUCUCCUUCUCCUUCUACUAUGGCCCGGAAAACAGUUAGCAGGAAGCGGAAAGCAGUGGCUGCCGCCGGGGGGCUCCAGGGGGAGCAGCAUGGGUGGGAUCACUCAGUUCACAAAAGGAAAAGACUCCUCCUGGUGAAAAGGUCUCUGGUGUACUACCUGAAAGGUAGAGAGGUCAGGAUGGAGAACGAACCCAGCUAUCACCACUUGUUGCAUGGAUAUGCAGCUCAGCAGCUUCCCAGCCUCCUGAAGGAGAGAGAAUUUCACCUUGGAACCCUUAAUAAAGUGUUUGCCUCCCAGUGGUUGAACCACCGACAAGUGGUGUGUGGGACAAAAUGCAACACAUUAUUUGUAGUAGAUGUCCAGACUGGUCAAAUUACCAAGAUUCCUAUUCUGAAAGAUCGUGAACCUGGCAUGGUGAACCAGCAGGGAUGUGGUAUUCAUGCCAUUGAGCUCAACCCCUCGAGGACCCUUCUGGCCACAGGUGGAGACAACCCCAACAGUCUUGCAAUUUAUCAUCUGCCUACACUCGGUCCUGUCUGUGUGGGAGAUGAUGGACAUAAGGACUGGAUAUUUUCAAUCGCAUGGAUCAGUGAUACUAUGGCUGUUUCUGGUUCCCGGGAUGGUUCAAUGGGUCUCUGGGAAGUCACAGAGGAUGUGUUGUCCAAAAGCAAUGCUGGACAUAAUAUCUCUCAAGUUCCUGUCUAUGCCCACAUAACACACAGGGCUUUGAAGGAUAUCCCCAAGGAGAACACCAAUCCUGACAACUGCAAGGUCCGAGCGUUGGCUUUCAACAGUAAGAACAAGGAACUGGGAGCCGUGUCCCUAGAUGGGUAUUUUCACCUUUGGAAAACAGAGCACACACUAUCAAAGUUACUUUCCACAAAGUUGCCUUACUGCAGGGAGAAUGUGUGUUUGGCUUAUGGUCAGGAGUGGUCUGUGUAUGCAGUAGGAUCACAGGCACAUGUCUCCUUUCUGGAUCCCAGACAGCCUUCUCACAAUGUGAAAUCCGUCUGUUCCAAAGAACGAGGCAGUGGUAUUCGAUCAGUGAGCUUCUAUGAGCACAUCAUCACAGUAGGAACAGGGCAAGGCUCCUUAUUGUUUUAUGAUAUCAGGGCCCAGAGGUUCCUGGAGGAAAAGCCCCCACGUGCCUGCUAUGGACAGAAGCAGAAAUUAGGAGGAAGUGAAAUUUUAAAGUUGACUACUGGGAAAGGCUGGCUGAAUCAUGAUGAAACCUGGAGGAAUUAUUUUUCUGACAUAAAUUUUUUUCCAAAUGCUGUUUACACCCACUGCUACGACUCGUCUGGAACAAAACUCUUUGUGGCAGGAGGCCCCCUUCCAUCAGGACUACAUGGAAAUUACGCUGGUCUCUGGAGCUAAUGAUAAACAUUAUAAAUGUUGAUCUUUAGACAGAUUUCCAGUUUUCUUUCCCUUUUUUUAACAACAAAAUUGUGUGAUGCCAUUGAUUUCUGAUUUAAAUGCAAGUUAUUUUUUGGUCUCCAAAAGCCUUGUGCAUCUUUUUGAAACAGUUUUUUGCUUUAAUCUCCUUGAUCCUUUAUAUGAGGGGUUUUCAAAAUCCCUUUUUUAAUUGUAUUUACUCCAAAUUACUCUUCCCCCACGUUAAGACUAUCUUGGCCAUUGUGCCCCCUCCCCUACUUUGCUGUGAGGUAGGAUUCUUUUCUUAUAGAGUGGUUACUCCUGGGCUUUCUGUGAAAGUUUAGGGGCUGUGUGUGUGUGUGCAGAUACUUUGUGUCAGUUACAUUACCUGAAGUGAGGACUACUUGUAAUUAAAAAUGUUUAUAAGAGAUAAGCUACUACUUUAUCUGCAGAGCCUGGCUGUGGCCUUGGUUGAUCUUCUUUUUUAAAAGUACAAGUCUAAUGACAAUGUUUAUACAUGGAGGAAUAUAAUUUUAAGGUGUACUCAUUUGAGCCCAGGGAUAGAUUCCCCAGGUGUAUUGCCCAAACUGCAGAAGUGCAGGAGUUCUCAAAAGUGUACUUGUAUUUGAAUUGUAGUUUACAGCAGUGCCAGGAGCAAAAAUUUAUCUUCUCUUUCUUCUCUGCCUAUCCAAAGUUGCACAACUGGAGUUCGUGUAGGGUGUUCUGCAGCAUGGCUAUUGCAGGGUGACAUUACAUUGAGGUCCUGCAGAGGUGCUGAGAGGAAAUGGGGGCUAGGGACAUGAGUGUUCUUGUCAUUCAAAAUGAACUAAAUCUGUCCGUUUUCCAAAUGAGACAAGGUUCCUUAGUAUGCUGUUGCAGUAGCUCAUGGUUUCUUAAUAAACUGUCUAAAACCCAGGACCUUUUUUGUCCCAGAUUGUGGAAACUUUUCCUGUAUUAGCUGUUCUGGUUGGUUAUCUCCUCUAAUAAGCCAUUUGAAUAAAUGAAUUGUUUUGGGUUUUUUCUCCAAUGUUAAAGAGUGCAUUUCAGACUUGUCUAAUGCAAACUAGAAGCUUUCCAUGUAGCAAGAUAACUUGCUGUUAGCUCACAUUGUGCUAGCAUCUUCUGUCAUUCUUCUUGCUAUAGGAGAUGCUCAAUCUUUCCCCAAAUUCCCUGUUGCCUUCUGCAUUCAAACUCCCUCAAACUUCAUGUUGGACUGGGCGGGGAGAAUAGCUCCAAUGCACUUCAGGUCUAGCUGUGAAGCAUGUGCAUUCCAGGGUGAUGGUCUUACCUAAUAUUCAUCUAAAAUUCAGGACUCCAAGGUGCUCCUCCUAGCCUUUUGGUAGGCAUCAAAGUCUCAGCUUGCUACUGAUGCCUCUGUCCUCUGCUGGGAUUAAUGCCUUUCCCCUGCCCCUGUCACCAGUGGAGCAGAGUGUGCCUGUACCUCACUGCUUUGGUGCCAAAUGGGCAGUUGGCUGAAGCUGAGAAGAAAGACAAGUCUGGGACAUGCUCUGUUUCCCUGUUUCUUCUGGAGAUCACAGCCACCACUACAGAGUAGCUCUAGUCCCUUAUGCUGUUCUUGCCAGACUGCCUAGAGCUAGUCUGCAAGUGACCUCAUGGUCCCUCUCCUCUUUGUACUCAGUAUCUUCAUCAGUAACAGCAAGUUUAAUUUCCAUUUGGUAGUGGAGACUUGGAUGCAAGGAAUGCAGUUCUCUCCCAUCUGGAUAGAAAUCCUGGCAAGAGAAGAGCUCCCAGAUGUGCACCUGUCCCACAAGUGUAAUUUACUCACACUAAGCACUGACACAGGUGCUUCAUAAACAGAUCUUACGGUGUUUUAUAAUUCUACUUCCUUUGUGGGUUGGAUGCUUAAACUGAAUCAGUUCACGGUACUACGUGUGUGGCUAUUCAGAUUUUUCUCUGAAAAGGAGCAAACAUGCCAUGGGUUAGCGAAGGAGCUCUCAAAUUCUAUUUAGAAUCAUAGAACAGUUUGGGUUGGAAAGGACCUUAAAGAUCAUCUAGUUCCAACCUCUCCACCAUGGGCAGGGACACCUCCCACUAGACCAGGUUGCUCCAAGCCCCAUCCAACCUGCCCUUCAACACUGCCAGGGAUGGGGCAGCCACAGCUUCUCUGGGCAACCUGGACCAGGGUCUCACCACCCUCACAGCAAAGAGUUUCUUCCUAACAUCCAUUCCCCCUUGUCCCAUCACUCCCUGCCCUUGUCAAAAGUCCCUCCCCAGCUUUCCUGGAGCCCCUUUAGAUACUGGAAGGCUGCUAUUAGGUCUCCCCAGAGCCUUCUCCAGGCUGAACAACCUCAACUCUCUCAGCCCAUCUUCGUAAGAGAGGUGCUCCAGCCCUCUCAUCAUCUUUGUGGCCUCCUCUGGACUUGCUCCAAGAGCUCCAUGUACUUCCUGUGUUGGGGGCUCCAGAGCUGGACAGAGAACUCCAGGUGGGGUCUCACAAAAGCCAAGUAAAGGUGGAGAAUCACCUCCCUCAACCUGCUGGCCAUGCUUCUUUUGAUGCAGCCCAGGACACGGUUGGUUUCUGGGCUGCAAGUGCACAUUGCCGGCUCAUGUUGAGCUUCUCAUCACUCAACACCCCCAAGUCCUUCUCCUCUGGGCUGCUCCCAAUCCAUUCUCCACCCAGCCUGUAUUUGUGCUUGGGAUUGCCCUGAGCCAUGUGCAGGACCUUGCGCUUGAUUAUGGUGAACUUCAUGCAGUUUGCAUGAGCCCACCUCUCCAGCCUGUCAAGGUCCCUCUGGAUGGCAUCCAGAGUUGUUAAUUGGUUUUUUUUAAGAUGAUGUAAUGGUGUCUAUGUUGUUCUGUGAUGGCAACAUACUGAUGCCCAUUAUUAGUUGAAAUAAGAAAAAUUUUGGGGAAAAAAAAUCACAUUUGAGUAAAAAUCACAUAAAAGAGAACAUAAGGGACGCACAGAAUAAAAGCAGGGCCUAGAUAACAGUGAAACAGUAAGAAUUAGACACAACCAGAUUCCAAUUAGAGAAAAACACUCCCCAAGCAGUCAACAGCCUGGCCUUGGGACAGGCCUGCAGGAUACCUGCUAGAGAGAUGGAAGGGAAGGAAAGGAGCAUUGCCCACAGCUUAUUUUGGUUACAGCCUUGAGCAUUGGGGGAAACCACAAUGAAUAAGUAAAAUCACUGUAUUAAUAUAUUAAUGAUCCAUUAGCAUACUAAAAUUCACAGCCACAGUCUAGAGGGACCCCUACUAACAACAAGCCCCUUACUCUUUGAGCAGGCACAGUGAAAUUCCUGAGCAUUGCCACUUUAAAUGGAAGCGAGGGGUUAGUGACCAAUCCUGUGUGCCAGUGACAGAAUAAUGUUAAAGUUCUUUCUCAUGUUUUUGGGUGUAAAAGUAGCACUUGCAUUUCGGGAAACUGAGCUUGCUUUGUGGAGUACCGCCCUGCUCCCUUUUCUGUGCAGACCUGCAUAUUAAAGCAGGUAUCUCGACUCUGUGUGUGCGGAUUGGCUUCUUGCACAGCAGGUAACAGACCUUGCUUUCGGGACAACAAUACUGCUUUGAUUAUUUUAGGGAUUUUGAAAAGUAGAAGUAUACAGAGAAAAUAAAUAUUUGUGAAGUAUGGCAGGAUGUGUAUUUCUAGGAUUGCUCCUUCCACUAUUGUGUAAGGUUCUUUGAUCAUGGGUGUCACAGUUUGACUCCGGAUUGGCAAUUAAACCAGAGACAACAAUGUUCUUGAUCCCCUCCCCCUCCCACCCAAAUAGGGAAAGGAAAGAGAAUAAAGAGAGGGAGACUUUCUGGAUUAAAAACUAAACUACACAGCUUUAAUUAAACAUUAAUGAUGAAAGAAAAUAUAUACAAUUAUAUACAAAUAUUUUCAGAUAUGUGCAAACCCCUCUUGCCUCCCUCCACCCCCAGCAACUCCCACAGCACUCUCCUUAGCUGUGAACAGUCCCAAAAAGUCCCGGAGCUGCCAGACAGAGGGUAGAGUUAUGAGGGUCAAAGGAUGCACAGCCUAGGGGUCGAUGGUGAUGGAACACUUGCUGCUAGUUAAAAGAAAGCUUACUGAAGGAAAAAAAAAAUAGUAAAAGGAAAAGUGGCUUCAUCCUGGCUCAAACCAGGACAUUGGGUUACUUUUCAAGACACCAGGCCUACUGGAGACAAAUGGAAUGUACCUGUCCCAGAGGGGGAAAAGGAUACUGGGGGAGGAGUUAGCAGGGCUCAUUGACAGGUCUUUAAGCUAGGUUUGUAGGGGGAAGGGGAUACAACUGGGCGUCCUGUAAAUAAGAGAGGACUGGGCUUGCCAGAGAGCAGCCUGUGCACAGCAUGCCAGUGCUAAAAAGCCCCAGCUCAAAUACAUCUCUAGUGCAGCUCAAGUGCAUCUAUACUAAUGCAUGCAGCAUGAGCAACAAGCAGGAGGAACUGGAAGCCAUUGUGCAACAGGACAGCUAUGACACAGUUGCCAUCACAGAAACAUGGUGGGAUGGUUGUCAUGACUGGAGUGCUGCAAUGAGUGGCUACAAACUCUUCAGAAGGGAUAGGUGCAGGAGGAGAGGCGGUGGUAUGGCCCUGUAUGUUAGGGAAGGUCUUGAUUGUCUUGAGCAUCAUGAUGAUAAUGGUGACGAUAGGGUCGAAUGCUUAUGGGUAAGAAUCAAGGGGAAGGCUAACGAGGCAGAUGUCAUGGUAGGGGUCUGUUACAGACAACCCACUCAGGAUGAAGAGGUUGAUGAAGCAUUCUACAUGCAGCUGGGUAAGGUUUCAGAAUCGCUAGCACUUGUUCUUGUGGAGGACUUCAACUUACCAGAUGUCUGCUGGAAACGCAAUACAGCAGAUAGGAAGCAGUCCCAGAGAUUCUUAGUGUGUGGAAGAUAACUUCCUAACACAACUGGUGACUGAGCCAACUAGAGAAGGUGCUCUACUAGACUUGCUGUUUGUGAACAGAGAAAGACUAGUGGGGGAUGUGAAGGUUGGUGGCAGUCUUGGGCAAAGCGAUCAUGAGAUGGUGGAGUUUUCUAUUCUUAGGGAAGUAAGGAGGGAGGUCAAUAGAACUACCUCAUUGGACUUCUAGAAGGCAGACUUUGACUUCUUUAAGAGAUUGGUUGAUGGCAUCCCUUGGGAAGCAGCCCUCAAGGACAAAGGAGUCCAGGAAGGCUGGACAUUCCUCAAGAGGGAAAUCCUCAAGGCACAGGAGCUAGCUGUCUCUGUAUACUGUAAAACAAGCCAGCGGGGUAGAAGACCUGCCUGGCUAAACAGAGAGCUUUGGGCAGAGCUCAGGAAGAAAAGGAAAGUCCACUGGCUAUGGAAGAAGGGGCAGGCAACUCAGGAAGAGUACAGGGUUGUUGCAAGAUUAUGCAGAGAGAAAAUUAGAAAGGCCAAAGCUCAGCUAGAACUCAAUCUGGCUAGCAUCAUCAAAGAUAAUAAAAAGUGUUUUUACAAGUACAUUAACUGUAAAAUAAGAGCAAAGGGGAAUAUCUACCCUCUACUGGAUGUGGGAGGAAACCUUGUGACUAAGGACAAAGAAAAGGCUGAGCACCCACUUUGCCUCAGUUUUUGUCAGCAAUGCUAAUUGCUACCCGGGGGUCCAGCUCUCUGAACUGGAAGAUAGGGAUGAGCAGAAUGCAGCCCCCACAGUCUGGGAGGAAAUCAUCAGUGACCUUUUGUGUCACAUAGGUGUGCACAAGUCUAUGGGACCAGAUGAGAUCCACCCAAGGGUACUUAAGGAGCUGGCAGAAGUGCUCACCAAGCCACUCUCCAUUAUUUAUUAACAGUCCUGCCUAACCAGGGAGGUCCCAGGUGACUGGAAGCUAGUAAAUGUGAUGCCCAUCUACAAGAAGGGACAAAAGGAUGCUCCUGGAUACUACAGACCUGUCAGUCUGACCUCAGUGCCAGGGAAGGUUAUGGAGCAGGUCAUCUUGAGUGCCAUCACUCGGCACAUACAAGACAACCAGGUGAUCAGGCCCAGUCAGCAUGGGUUUACGAAAGGCAGGUCCUGCCUGACUAACCUGAUCUCCUUCUACAACAAGGUGACCCACCUAGUGGAUGAGGGAAGAGCUGUGGACAUUGUCUAUUUGGACUUGAGUAAAGCCUUUGACACUGUCUCCCACAGCAUUCUCCUUCAGAAACUUGUGGCAUUGGGCUUGGAUAAAUACACUGUGCGCUGGAUAAAACCUGGCUGGAUGGCCAGGCUAGUUAGUUAACAGAGUUAAAUCUGGCUGGUGUCCGGUCACAAGUGGUGUUCCCCAGGGUUCAGUACUGUGGUCUGUUCUCUUUAAUAUCUUUAUUAACAAUCUGGAUGAGGGGACUGAGUGCACCCUCAGUAAGUUUGCAGAUGACACCAAGCUAGGUGGGUGUGUUGAUCUGCUAGAGGGUAGUGAAGCUCUACAGUGGGACCUAGACAGGUUAGAUCAGUGAGCCAAGGUUAAUUGUAUGGGGUUCAACAAGGCCAAGUGCCAGGUCCUGCACUUGGGUCAUAACAACCCCAUGGUAAGCUACAGACUUGGUGAUAUGUGGUUGGAAAGGGACCUGGGGGUGUUGAUUGACAGUCAACUAGAUAUGAGUCAGCAGUGCAUGCAGGUGGCUGUGAGGGUGACAGAGCCCUGGGACAGGCUGCCCAGAGAGUUUGUGGAGUCUCCUUCUCUGGAGACUUUCAAGACCUGUCUGGAUGCAUUUCUGCGUGACCUGCCCUAGAUUCUGUGGUGGUCCUGCUCUGGCAGGGGGAUUGGACUCUAUGAUCUCCAGAGGUUCCUUCCAACCCCCUACCAUUCUGUGAUUUUGUGAUCUCCCUGAGUACUUUCAUGUGUGGUCCUAAAGCCUGGUAGUGUGAGUGUCCUUUUCCUCUCCUUUUUUUUUUUUUUUUUUCUGUGUAGGAAGUUUUGGAUGAUUCUCAGAAGAAUCUGGACAAUGAUAUAAAACUCCUUAAGUCUCACAUGCUUCUAUGUAUUCUGCUUUCAGGGUGCUUUCUUGCAAAGAUGACUUCUCAUGGGGAGGAAGCCAUCUUUGUUGCUGUAUGAAAAGCUCACAAAAAAGCUGGAAACAAACUAGAUAGUGCUGCAAGUAUACAAACAAAAUGAGUCAGAGAGAACUUAAUUUCUAGCCUGUUUCAGUGGUUUUAAAUGCUUGUAGCAAUACAGAUGGUAAGUUUCAAAAUAUUUUGUGGUUAGUCAUAUGGCACUUUUGGUCCAGUCAAUGUUAGAAACUGAGACAGAGAAAGAUGAUGAUAUUCCAACUGUCCAAAUAUAAGUAAUAGGAGAAAAAGCCAGGUUUUCUUACUUUAUUUGAUUUUGUUGACCUACUAGUUUAUAUAUCAGAAUUGAAAUCCAGGAUCAUGGUGAGAAAAGCAAGGAUUUCCCACUGAAGUGCAGGAAUGACUGUACAGCAGUGAAUCUCUUGGCUCUGCAUGGAGGUGAGUCAGGUGCACCCCAUUGUUCAAAUGGCAGAUACACCCCUGCAAUGGAUAGAAUUAAGUCUGGUGACUGUGCCCCAGUAGCUUCUUGGACAGCUCACUAUGCUCUGCUGAGACACAGUGGCAUUCACAUUUUCAGGCUGUCUUAUGUUUUCCAAUGUUUCUUAAUUAUUUUCCUCCCUUGCUCUUUCUUGCCCUCCUGAAUAGUCUGGGGUUGCCUCCUCCAACUCAAAUAGUCCCAUUACUGUAGCUAUAUUGUACUUGCAGAGGUGACUUCUGUUGAGCAAAAAUGAGCUUGCUGACAUUUUGUCUCCAUGCUGGAGACCUUCAGUUUGCUUUAUUUUAAACUGGAUAUAUUUUUGAGGCUGGCUCAGACUGUAGAACUGGGCAGUUACCCUAGUACAUGUUUCACUGAUGGGAGGAUUACACAGUAACAGUCUAUUUCUGGGGGAGAACAGACUUUGGUUUCUCUUGCAUUAGGCACUUGAAAGAGAGAAAAGAAUGUUCAUCAUAGUAAACCUUCAGACUUUUCUUCCUACUGUUGACUUUUCAGUCAUGUGGGAUCUUUUGUGUUGCUGGUGAGUAUAGGAAGCAGUUAAUUUUACUACGCAGCUCUUUUCAGUAGACUACCAUGUUAAUUUGGGUAUCUUUGAAUAUUAUAUUUUCAGUAUGCAUAAUCACAUGUAAUCAAACUAGUGACUUGAUUAUGGGUUUGGUAAUACUCAGCUUGUAAGUACUGGGUAGCAACCCCUCAGUAACAACUGGGUGCUAUGUGAUGGACAUUCCUAAGGAAGCAGAAGCUACUUUGCAGUGUUGGCUUGAGCAUAGCAAUGAGGGUGGUGCUCACCUUCUUCACCAAACACUGUAUUCCUGGUAAUUCCUCCAGUUUUCUCCCUUGUACAGUCAAGUCAGCCAGGGAGAACUGCUAGUGCUUUCCUCAGGUUGGGUGCUUUUUGAGAUUGCUGUAAAGAAAUGAGUCCAUUUGUUUGGUUCAUUCAUCAGUGCUGCUGGUGAUAGUCCAAGGUGAGUAAAUUACAAAAAAAUAAUUAAUAGGUGUUUGUUCCUAAUAUCAGUUGUUAAUUUUCUGCAUAGAUCCAUUUUUAAGAUUCAUUACAAGAGUUUGCAGUGAUCUUACUGGACUUUGUCCACAAAGGUUAUAUUCACAUUGUGGGUAACUCUUGCGACUCCCUUAAUGAGAUGGACUCCUGAACUUCAUUAUGGGGAUAUAUUUGCUGCCUCCAUUUUCAAGUCUUUUUGUAUCUUAAGGAUUAGGAUAUUUACAUAUCAGUUAUUCUCCAAAAUUUCAUCCUCUUCCUUCGCCUGAGCCCUUGCUUUGUAUAUAGCUUGCAGCUACAGAGUUAACAGAUUAAAGUUAUGAUCUAGAUAUGCAGAGUGAUGGUUUGGUGUCUUAAUUUCUGCCUCUUAGAGAGGCACUUGCUGACCUUGUGAAUGGAUGUCCCUUACUUGGUGCAGAUGUGAAAUAAAGCAGGCUUGCCUAGACCCUUCAUGGAGGUCACCUGCUUUGUUUGCAAGAAACCAAGAACAGAUGGGCUGUCAGUUGCUGCAUUUUGGCAAAGCAACAGUAUCUUUCAGCAGUUAGGUGGGAGGUCUGAGAUCUAUUUGUGGUGGUCUGAUACUCUUAUUUUCCAUAAAUGCACUUUUCCAAGGUGUCUGAGAGGUUCUUAACUAGCUUCCAUUGCAGUUGCUGCUAUGAUUACAUUACUGAACUGGGGUACAGCUUGUUCCUAGGAACACUGUUGCAGAGCUGUGUGUGAUGCAGGCAGAGCUGAUCCUCUGGUCAGUACACGCUGAGGCCUGGACUCCUAUGCUAGCCAGGCACACACUCUCUAGCUUAAAGCCAAGUGAAAAAGCCCUGUAUACACUGCUGGCCACUUCACAGCCAGAGCCCAUGGUGUGACCUCAACUUAAAAUGCAUUUGUGAGUGUUACAGUGCCUUUAGUAACUUAUUUUUAAAGUAUCUGAAGCACAGACACCAGGAAUUUGUCCAUGUUGCAGACAAGGGAGAGUGGAAAGGAGAAUACAACCACAUCUUGUCUGAAGGGAUCUCCUAUAUGUACUCUCCUUUGCCUCUGCAAGUGGACACUUUGGUAUGUGGUGAGGAUGGGCAAGGAGGCAUAAGAGAAAAGAUGAGAGCCCAACAGUGUUUGGUAUUGGUCUCAGGGCUCCUGAGGAAUUAAAAAACAUAGAGGGAAUACUUAUUCAUUGCUCAAGGAGCAUUUGUGAAAGGGCUUAAUCAGAAACAUUUUCAGAGAGAUCAAGUAGAUAUCCUUGUCGUUCUUGUUUCUCCAUGUUAAUUUUCAAGGAUUUAAAUUAGGAAGUGUCUUUUUGAGAAGCUGGGUUUCUUUAUCAAAACCAUAUGGUACUUGGCUAAUUAUAAGAAUGCUCUUGACAGAAAGGAAUAUUCCCAAUGAAAAACUGAGUGCCUUUUUCUAACAGCAAUUCUCUCUAGUAUUCUACUUGGAGGUAUGGUCUAAGAAAGUGCACACAGAUCUAAAACAGGGUGCCAGGGUUGGCAGAGUUGAGAAUGUGGACUGCCUGACCAUUUCUGUACCCCAAACAACACCAAGUAAAAUGCUUGGUUGUAUACAAAUUCUGGUAAUUAAACUGAAACUGAGAGGGUAUGUAAAAACCCUUGCAGCAUAGUGUGAUAUCUUUAUAGCCCUAGAUGUAUAUUCUUUGACCUCAGAACAAAAAUCUAGAUGUCAAUAUGUUUUCUUAGGAACUGCUUUUCUAGAUUCUCUUAUUAAAAGGGAAAAUUCAGGUGCUGAAUCUUAAAAUCUCAUUAAACUUGUACUUUUUAUUUGCCCAUUCACCUGGUUCCCACAGUCUCAGGGUAUCACUAUGACUCAUCCAAAUAAUAAUUAAACAGACCAACCAGAGGUUAAAAUGUGCCUUUGUCUUCUGGUACCUUGAUCUUUGUUAUCUCACAAACUCAUCACUGUCUUAGGGCUGGAUAUGUGCAUUGUCUUUUUCUAAGAUAUACAUGUUGAAGUUGCAACAGGUUUGUAUUGUUACUUGUGACUUGUUCUAUUUAUUAGGAUGUGGUAUAGACACAAAUCAAUACACUGGUUUGUUUUGGAAUCAGUCUUACCAGUGACAUCUAGUAGUGCUUGCUUGUAUGUUAAUGUGUACACAUGUUGGAUCUUCCCCAUCACCUAUGAUGUAUAUGAUGCACAAACUACACAAGGUGUUUUAAAAUGUGUGGUGAUCACAACUUGUUGCCUGAGGGUAGGAUGUCUUACAGUGAACUGUUUUUAAUGUUUUUUUCCAAUGUAUUUAGUAAGAUUCAAAGCCUUGGGGAGAAAAAAAAAUAAAGAUCAGAACUUGCUCAUA